CGGUUUCGGGGCGGAGCAGACGGCGGGGGUCGUCCUUGGGCCCUUGGCUUGUGGCCCACAGCCCCGUUCCGCUACAGGCGACGAGUUUCUGGACGUCAUGGCCAGGGCCCACCGCGGCCUUCCGGGUGUGAGGCCGCCUUUCGCAGCCGGCGCGCUCCCGUGGCCUCUGGGCCCGCCGGCGCCCGUCUCGGUCUAGGCACAGCCACUCGGCGCCCGCGGGCCGCCUCGCGCCGGACCUCAUGGCCUCCGAGGCCGCGUCCCCGCCGCCGUCGCCCUCGUUGUCUCUGUCGCCGCCCACCUCCCCCGAGCCCGAACUGGCCCAGCUGAGGCGGAAGGUGGAGAAGCUGGAACGCGAGCUGCGGAGCUGCAAGCGGCAGGUGCAGGAGAUCGAGAAGCUGCUGCACCACACGGAGCGGCUGUACCAGAGCGCGGAGAGCAGCAACCAGGAGCUCCGCACGCAGGUGGAAGAACUCAGUAAAAUACUCCAUUGUGAGAGAAAUGAAGAUAAUAAAAAGUCUGAUGUAGAAGUACAAACAGAGAACCUACCUCCUUGGUCAAUUUCAGAUUAUUAUUAUCAGACAUACUAUAAUGAUGAUAGUCUUCCAAAUAAAGUGACUGAACUCUCUGACCAGCAAUGUCAGUAUAUUGAAGCUUCUACUUUUAAUUCUAAAGAUCAGUCACAAACAGAAAACGAUACCUACACUGGUACUGAUUUGACAGAAUAUGUUAAGUGUGGACAAGCAGAUCAUUUCACCUCUGAUUCACAGGAGCCAGCAUCUGCACUAGCAACAGAAGGUGCAUCCUUAGAAGGAUCAUCAUUAGCUGAAAGUUUGAGAGCUGCAGCAGAAGCUGCUGUGUCACAGACUGGUUUUACUUACGAUGAAAAUACUGGACUAUAUUUUGACCACAGCACUGGUUUCUAUUAUGAUUCUGAAAAUCAGCUAUAUUAUGAUCCUUCCACUGGGAUUUAUUACUACUGUGAUGUGGAAAGUGGCCGAUACCAAUUUCAUUCUCGAGUAGAUUUGCAGCCUUAUCAGACUUCUAGCACAAAACAAAGUAAAGAUAAAAAAUUGAAAAAGAAAAGGAAGGAUCCAGAUUGUUCUACGACAAAUGAGGAAAAGGAUUUGAUUUCGGAAGAUCAAAAAGCUUCCAGUGGUGAAUAUAUAAACUGCAGAGAGGCAGAAAAUUUUGCAAAUGUGAAAAAGAAGGCCAAAAUAAACAUUCAUCACAAAAAUAGUACCCCUAAAUCCACCUUUCCAGUUAGUGGAAACACUAUAAAAUCUUCUCUUGAUGAGAAGAUCUCUAAUUCAACUUCGUUUAAAGAUGAGAAUAUCAGAGAUAGUGACAGUGAGCCAGAAGAAGGUGAAAUUACAGACUCUCAAAGUGAGGAUAGUUACGACGGAGAUAUUACUAGCGAAGACAGUGUCACUGCAGAGGAAAUGGAGGAUGAAGAUGAAGAAAAAAUUUGGCCCCCGUGUAUAAGAGUAAUUGUUAUUAGAUCACCAGUGUUGCAGAUAGGAUCACUUUUUAUCAUUACAGCUGUAAGCCCUGCUACAAUUGGAAGAGAAAAAGAUAUGGAGCAUACUCUCCGAAUCCCUGAAGUUGGUGUCAGUAAGUUUCAUGCUGAAAUUUAUUUUGACCAUGACUUACAAAGCUAUGUCCUCGUGGAUCAAGGCAGUCAAAAUGGCACAGUUGUUAAUGGAAAACAGAUUAUUCAGCCAAAAACUAAAUGUGAUCCUUACGUACUUGAGCAUGGAGAUGAAGUGAAAAUCGGAGAGACUGUGUUGUCCUUUCACAUUCACCCUGGCAGUGACACCUGCGAUGGCUGUGAACCAGGGCAGGUUAGAGCUCACCUCCACCUUGAUAAGAAAGAUGAAUCUUUUGUUGGUCUAGCAUUAAGCAGGGAGGAAAAGGAGUUGGAAAGAAGAAAAGAAUUAAAGAAAAUACGAGUAAAAUAUGGUUUACAGAACACAGACUAUGAAGAUGAAAAGGCAUUGAAGAAUCCAAAAUAUAAAGACAGAGCUGGAAAACGCAGGGAGCAGGUUGGGAGUGAAGGGACUUUCCAACGAGAUGAUGCUCCUGCAUCUGUUCAUUCUGAAAUUACUGAUAGCAACAAAGGUCGGAAGAUGUUGGAGAAGAUGGGUUGGAAAAAAGGAGAGGGCCUGGGAAAGGAUGGUGGAGGAAUGAAAACUCCGAUUCAGCUUCACCUUCGGCGAACACAUGCAGGCUUGGGGACAGGUAAGCCAUCCUCAAUUGAAGAUGUUCAACUUCUUCAGAGCAAGAACAAAAAGAACUGGGACAAAGCUCGAGAAAGGUUUGCUGAGAACUUCCCAGAAACUAAACCUCCUAAAGAUGCACCAGGGACCAUGCCUUGGGUAAAAGGGACUGUAGAAUGAAGACUUUAAAGUAGAAUACACUUGGAUUUUUUAAGGUGAGCAAGGAAUCCUCAGGACCAAAGAGGCAGACUGUCUGUUGAAGAAGCUCGAGUCAUGUAGUCUGGUACCGCCACAAUCUCCUGAGAGUGUACAAAUCACUCUGGCACUCAUUUUCCUGUUCUGUCAAAUGAUGGCGUUGGAUAAGGGCUACAUUUCUUUCUUGGCUUUUCUGGAAAUGUUGAUUAUAUCCAUGCUUGGGUUCGAGGUUUUGUUUGACUAAGGGAGCCAAAUGCUGAAAGAUGAUUUGUUUGUAAAAUGUAAAUUAAAAUUUUUUUUAUUAUAAAAGCCAGCUCAUGCUUUUACAAAACAUUACAGUGCAGAAGUGUGUAGCGCAGAGUAAAACCUCUUCCCUUAACUCCCAAUAGCCAGUACUCAGGCAGUGCUGGGCCCAUUCUUCUCUUCAGUCCCCAACAGGGCACUCAGGCUCCCAUCAGCAUUCUUUCUGUAGGGAGCCGGUAAGAUUCUAAAACUGAAUCUUUGCUUUAUUUUAAUGGUUCUGACAACUGGUGAAAUUGAAAGAGUAACAUUUAUAAAAGGUUUUUUUGCUUUUAAAAAUUCAAAUUCAGACCUUAUAGCCUGACUUUUAAGUCUACAUGAAGUUCUAGUACUUAAAAGAAAUAACUUACACUGUUAUUAGAAUAAUGUAAAACUUGCAAAAGACAAAAGAAGGCAGCCUAAGUGACAGAACCAGGAGAUUGCUGUUCUUCCUAGAUGGCAGCAUUGCAUUACAUUACUUGUAUAAUGACAAAAUAGUUCCACAAAAAAAAAAAAUUCCCUACAAAGACAUACUAGAAUAGUUGACUGGGUUCAAACCAAAUAACCUAAUAGCUGGUACUUUUAAAAUCUUCAUUGGCUAAAGAGCCUUAGCAAAUCAUUACUACUUCUGUUUGGGCUAUCUUUUUCUCUCAGGAACUUUACUCAGAUAAAGACAAAUUGUAUUUCUAUUACAGAAAAGUAGCCUGUAUAAAAUCUUAGACUCAGUGGAUUCAAUCCCUCAGAUAUUUAUUGAGCAGUUAUUACUUGCAAGACAUUAGGCACUAUAGGAGUGGAAGGAUGAGUAAACCACCCGCAAGGGCUCAGGGUCUUGUAGGGGAGGUAAGGUAAGAACCCACAUGGCCCUGUGCUGGAUGGCCUAUUCUAAGUAGGGGUUGUAAGACACAAAAAUGCUAGGAGAGUUCAGAGAAGUAAAGAAUGCCUCUAAAUGAGAGGUCAAGGAAAGCUUCAUGGUCUCAGAUUUUUUUUUUUUUUUUUUUUGUAGUCCUGGGGACCAGGUCCUUAUACAUGCUAGGCAUGUACUCUACCACUGAGCUGUACCCCCGGUCCUGGGUGGAACUUUUCACAUUCAGAGGUUGAAGGGGCUUUUUAAGUAGAGGGAAGGCAAACUCAGGCACAGAGGUGUCAACAACAGGGCAUGAGUGGAAGGAGAUUGUCUAGUUUGGCUGGAGCAUACACAGAGGCAAGGGGACAGAUAAGACUGGCACAGGUGAAGGUGGGAGACUCGAAUGUAAGGGCCACAGAGUCAAAGCUUGGGUUAUAAUGAGUAGGUGUAGAUGAUCUGGAUGGCUUUUAAGUAGGAAAAGCAGUGUAAUCAAGAUUGACUUAGGACAGUUUUUCGGCUUUGACCAGGUUGUUUAGACACAGGGAAGGGGGACGGGGAAGAUAAAUCCCAGAUGAAUGAUAAAUGGAUGUUGAGCCAUGGCAUCAAAAGGAGGGCAAGUGCAAUAUUUCAUACAAAUAGACUUAGUAGAGCAGGUACCUAAGAUUUAGUAAGACUGGAGUUUAAAUUCCACUCUGCUACAUAACAGUUCUGUGAAUGCAAAUAUAUUUAACUCCUCUGAGCCUGUCUCCUUAUCUACAAAAUGAGAGUAUGUCUUGAGGUUGCUGCAUGACAGGGAAUUAUUGUAAAAUAUUUGGCACAGCUGUUACACAUGAUGAAUGCUCAGUAGCUAUAAAUGUCACUAAUUCCUGUUAAUUCCACUAACUAGAAAUGGAGUUAAUAAGAAAAUGGGGGCUGGGCAGGCACCAGUGGCUCACACCUGUGAUCCUAGCUACUCAGGAGGCAGAGAGCAAGAGGAUUGUGGUUCAAGGCCAGC